GAGAAAGUGGCUCCAGCACUGAUUAGCAACGAGCAAAGAAAAUGGCGAUCACGCAGGACAUAAGCGUCCCUUCGUAGAUGCUGAAAAAGCGUUGAAGUUUUUUUUUUUUUUCUUUUUGAAGCCUUACAGCCGGCUUUCCUUUCCACUCUGCUGCACUUUAUUCUUCAAUGAGAGAUUCGGAAUUGAAAGCUGUCGCCACCAAAGAAACUGAAGCAUCAUAGCAGGGAACAUAUGCUUAGAGGGAUGAACAGUGGAUGGAAGAAAGAGAGAGACGACGCCAGUAAAGAGGAAGGAGCCUAAGAAAAUACUGGACACUCAAGUGCCAGCACAUACGAAGUGCAGAGUGUCCUGAGACUAAACCAAGCCCCUCCCCCACACUUGUACACAUACACUCACAUAGACACGCAUACCUACAGUCUUCUGCACAUCCUCAGUAAUGCCAAGGAGGCCUGUUUUUCCUGCUUCCCACUCCAUCAAGCAGUGUCCUUUCACUUCAGACCCCUGAAGUUGUGACUUACGAACUUUGACCUUUAGCCUUUCUCCUUGUGGACCUUGGAACUAGAGGUCAGUUGUUCUUGAGCUCGCUUGGGAACGGCCGUACACCUAACCAGGAGCCACAGCACCGCUCAGCACUGACAGGCAUGGCUCCCAUUCGGGAUUCCGUCAGUCACUCUCCUAAUCAAACAGGUCUGGAUCAUCCUGUCUUGGACUCACAGUAUGAUCCUCCCUCCUGGUCUUCUGGAUCUCCCUGUAACAGUAAUGGGAACACCAACUGGGGCAACGUCUUAGUGGACGGAAGCACUGACAAACCCAAUAACCCUUCAACUAACUCUUCUGUUUGGCCUAAUUCAUCCUCUUCCUUCUCUUGCUCCUCUUCUUCCUCUUCUGGUUGUGGGUCAGGAUCAGACCCUGAGUUGGCCUCAGAAUGCAUGGAUGCAGACUGUAGCUCCCUGAUCGGCUCAGAGAAAAACCUUGCCACUCUUGCUGUGACAACGAUGAUGUCAGCUAAUCCUCCUGUGUCUUCAGCAGUUUCUUCCCCUCUAUCUUCCACAGUGGCUUCUGCCAUAAUGGCCAGUGUUUCAGUGAAUGGAGAUGGCGACAGCAAUCAGAAUAUUAGCGAAGGGAUAGGAACCAUCGAUGCAAGUAAUGGGAAUAACAUCAUUGGAGCCACCCACUACUCUGAUGGCUCCAGCAGUAUUUGCAGCAAUAACAUAGGUAACCACAACACCAAACUUGUCAGUAGUAGUGGCGGCAUAUGGACAACGCAGUCAGGCAGUAACACGAUCACCACUGGGGCCAGCACCUCUUGCAUGAAUGGAGGGUUAAACCCAAACACUUCAAACCCAAAUGUUAACCAUGGUGCCUGGCCACAGAAUCCAACACCAAGCCCAUUGUCCCAGGGCCAACGGCCUCCACAGGCUCAGGGCAUGAGUACCAAACUGAGUAUAGCUCCCCAACAAGGCCCCUUGGUGGGUUGGGGUAGCAAGGCAGCUCCCGAAAAUUGCAGUAUGAUGGAAGACACUGAGGUGAAUAAUGGUAUGGCAAGCAGCAACGGUGUAAGUGGCGGCCCACAGCCUACCAACUGUAACACUGAAUCCAAUGGACCAAAUAACACUAUUAUGAUUACUACUACUACUAAUGCCACAAUAACCUCUAGUCCACCAGACUCUACAGCCUCACUCCAGUUUAGGGAGGAUGGUACCUGGGGCUCUAUUGGAGGGAAUAGGGGUCCGUUGGCCAAUGGUAACCAGUCAUCCACUUCCCAACACCACCAAGGAGAUCUGGCAAGCCCUGGGGUCUUUGGUACACCUUGGGGCACAACUACCUAUGCUGAAGACAAGGGCCCCUCUACUGCAGAUACUGUGAACCCACAAAACCCUGCCUUAAUGCAGGUUGGGAAUUCCCAAAUCCCCUCUGCUGCUGUUUAUAAGAGUAAUAAUAACCACAAUAACACUGGGGCACCAUGCUGGGAUCAGGGGCCUGCUAAUAACCCCAACCUGUCCCAGAGCAACCUGACCUGGGGUGUCAGCCCAAAUCAAAUUCCAAGUUCUGCAGGUCAAAUACCAGGAAACGGGAACCAAACUAUAAUGGGCCCUCCAACAGGUAUACCUUGUCCCUGGGGGAGCAGCACCUCUUCUUCCUCCUCCUCCUCAUCUUCAUCUAAUACAGUUAAUAGCAAAAUGUCCCAUGGAGAAUGGGGAUCAACACCUAACAACCAUUCAGAUACUGGAAGCCUUAAAGGAAGCUCUACCAAUAAUGGUUGGAAGAGCCUCGAGGAUGAUGCCAUGGGCAUGAGAGGGGGAGAAGGUGGAGGCCACAGCUCAGGGAGUGUGACUGGAGGCUGGGGUCGCUCUGGAGGAAGCGAGGGUAGCGGUGAAAGCUCUGGAGGCCGGUCUAGCUCAGACAGAGACAGCAUUCAACCGAAAGGAGGAAAUCGCAGAAAAGGCACCCAUACAGCAUCAGUAAUGUCGGCCAUUGCCCGAGCUGAUGUGGACCCAAGGAUUUUGUCUAACACUGGAUGGGGACAGACACCUAUACGGCAGAACACUGCAUGGGAUGUUAAUUCUCCUACCAACAGUCAGCACCAAGGUCCAAGAUUAGAUGAACGAAAACAUGGCACCACUGGGUCCGGCUGGAGUGCUGCACCACCAGUGGCCCCAUCACAGACCUCUAAUUGUGGAGGAUGGGGAGGCGUGGCAAUUGCCUCAGGGCCAGAUACAGGAGGUUCUGGCUGGGAAGAGCAGAGAUCAAUGUCUGGGUGGAACAACAAACUUUCGGGCAGUGGAGGAGGUGGACAAGGUGGCUGGGAUGACGGAUCCUGCUACAAGGGAGCUGGCAACAAUAGUAACACAUGGAGCAAUAGCCUAAACAAAGAUGACAGAUCGAACACCUGGACUAACGUGCCCAAAUCACAGCAUGGCUGGGGGUCCAAUAGUGGCAGUGUAAAUGAAGGCUGGGGUAGUAAUGGAGAUGGUUGCAGAGGAGUUGGCAGCCACUGGGGAGAACCUCAGAAAGGUGCGGGCUCAGUGGGAUGGGACAGUGACAGUGACCGAUCUGGCUCUGGAUGUUGGAGUGAACCAAGCCGAGCUAACACCAGCAGCAGUAACACCUGGGUAGGGAGUGGAGGGUCGAAUACACCAGAGCAAAGUACUUCAAACUCAAGCUCCAACUGGGGUGACUCUGUCCAUAAACCCAGCCCUCAGAGCACCAACCAGAGCUGGGCUGAGCCAGUUGAUGCCACCCAUGGAGGCCAAAACUGGGUUGAGCCGAAUCCUAAACCCUCUAAUGCUUCCAGUGAGUGGGGAAAGGGUGCUGAGUCCAGUACUUCCCGGGACACUCAAGGUCCAAGCAAGCCCACAGGUUGGCUGGGAGGCCCCAUGCCUACAGUAAGUCAGAAAGAGGAAGUAGCGACUGGAUGGGAGGAACCAUCUCCAGAAUCCAUUCGCAGACGGAUGGAAAUUGACGAUGGGACAGCGGCAUGGGGAAACCCUGGUAAAUAUAACGGUGGAACAGUAAACAUGUGGAACAGGACUGGCCAAUCAGACCAGGACUCUAUGGUCUUGGGUCCAUCUUCUCAGCAACUCUCAGCACAGAGCUCAGUGCAUCCUGCUCAGCCUAUGCAGUCUCUUUCCCAGGAUAAAACCUGUGGCUCUGGUUGGGGAAAGCCUUACUCCCAGCAGAGGGAUUCGUCUUCAUGGGGAGAGCCGAGCACUGGUCCACCUGUGACUGUGGACAAUGGGACAUCUGCAUGGGGGAAGCCAAUGGACAGCGGCUUUGGGUGGGAAGAACCAAGCAGGGACAACAGAGAGUCUGGGACCGGAUGGGGAAGCCAUCAGAAGUCCUGUUCUAAGCCCAUGGAGACUUGGUGUGGAGAUGAUGUGUCUAUGGGGUGUAGUUGGGAGCAGGAGGAAGAGGUGGAGAUUGGUAUAUGGAGCAACAACCCGCAAGAUAACAGGUCUCAUGAGCAGAACACGUGGAACUACAAGAAUAAAGGUUCCAUCAAGAUGAAUAAACCACUGAACAAGCAAGAUGAACCCUGGAUGAAACCCUUUAUCAACCAGUUCAACAGCAUGAAUUUCUCCAGAGACUCUGCUGAGGACUCCAUGAAAGCAGGAGCUGGGAUGAUGCAGGACAAACGUAUGGACAUAGGCAGUAUGGGAGACUUCACUGGAGUAAUGGGGAAGAACCCUGGGUCCCGACAUCCUCUUCACAAGGAGUCUACUUUGGAUCGUGCCCCGUACUAUGACAAGAAUGUAAAUCCUUUAUUGGGUGGCAGCAUAGCACAGGGCCGAGGCUGCCUCCAGCCCCAGCUCCCCUCCCAGCCCAACCUCCGCAACCAAGUGCCUCCACCCAUCCUGCCCUCUCAGGUCCCUCCAUCCGUGUUGAAGUAUCCUGGAGGGAACAGUGGUCUGAACCCUCUGUUUGGCCCCCAGCAGGUGGCUAUGCUUAACCAACUCUCCCAGCUUAAUCAGCUGUCACAGCUCAACCAGAUCAACCAGUUACAGCGUCUUCUCCUUCAGCAGCAACAGCAGAAAGUUCAGAGCCAGAGAGCCAUGACUGUGGGACGACAGACUGAACAGACACGUCCUAUAGGUUCAUCCCCGUCAAUGAUGCAGCCACCACGCCAUCUGGACCCCUCCCUACUGAAACAGGCCUCUCCCCUUAAACCCUACAUGGAUAACUAUUUGUCCCACAAUGCCCCUGAGAUGCAGAAGGAUGCUGCUGCCCUUGGUUCCUUCAGCAACUUCCCUUUAAGCUUGAACUCUAACCUGAAUGUAUCCCUGGAUAUGGGUGUUGGCGGUGGAAGUAGUGGUGGUGGAACCAUGAGCUACAAAGAGCAGCCUCAGUCCAGACUGAAGAAGCUUUGGGCAACUGACCCUCUGGAUCAGAACAGCAAACCUGGUGCUAUGUCGUCUGGGCUGCGUCUAGAGGAGUCACCCUUCUACGAUUUCUUGUCUCCUGGUCCACCCCCCUUGAGUCCUCCUGGCCAAUCAAUGGGCUCAGUUGGAGAUGGCUGGCCCCCUCGUGCCAAUUCCCCCCUGCCCCAUGGAAAUACUGUCACAUGGCCCCCAGAAUUCCGGCCUGGGGAGCCUUGGAAAGGGUACCCCAAUAUUGACCCUGAGACGGAUCCCUAUGUGACCCCUGGAAGUGUCAUUAAUAACCUCUCCAUCAACACUGUCCGCGACACAGACCACCUCAGGGACAGGAACAACGGGCCAUCCUCAUCACUGAACACCAUGAUGCCUUCUAACAGUGCCUGGUCAUCCAUUCGUGCCUCCAGCCACAGCGGUUCCCUCACCAGUACAGCACAAAGCACUUCAGCAAGACCCAGCGAGUCAAAAUGGUCUCCUGGCAGCAGUUCCAUGUCCAACUCCUCCUUAGCCCAUGAGUUGUGGAAGGUCCCCCUGCCUCCCAAAGCUCUGUCUGUGGCAGCCCCCUCCAGACCGCCACCUGGCCUCCCGACCCAGAAGCCCAGUUCAGCCGCCUCUGGCUGGGAUGGCUCUUCUCUGAGACUUGGAAGCUGGGGUUCCACAGAGUCCAGAUACACACCAGGUUCCAGUUGGGGUGACAGCAGCAGCUCGGGGAGAACCCAGUGGCUUGUUCUAAAAAAUCUAACCCCUCAGAUUGACGGCUCCACACUGAGGACCCUCUGCAUGCAGCACGGCCCUUUGAUCACAUUCCACCUCAACCUGCCGCAUGGUAACGCCGUAGUAUGCUACAGCUCCAAGGAUGAGGCCGCGAAGGCCCAGAAGAGCCUGCACAUGUGUGUUUUGGGGAACACUACUAUUCUGGCUGAGUUUGCCAGCGAGGAGGAAAUCAACCGUUUCUUUGCACAAGGGCAGUCACUGGCCACUCCCUCCUCCAGCUGGCAAGCCAUUGGCUCCUCACAGAGCAGAUUAGGUCAGUCUACCGCUUUCCCCAACCGCACCCCUGAGCCUAACCAAUGGAAUAGCAGUGACCUGCACAGCUCCUCCCUCUGGAAUGGACCCAACUACUCCAGUAGCCUGUGGGGUAACUCCAGUGGCGCCGAGGCUGGGAGGAUCAGCAGCCCUUCUCCAAUCAGCUCCUUCCUCCCGGUUGAUCAUCUGACAGGGGGUAGGGACGCCAUGUGAACCACCUGCUAAUCAAAUAGGCUGGGGGAGGGGUCAAUUCUCAUCAGAAGAAAAAAAAAAAUUAUAAAUGCAAUGGCACUAGUUGGACGCUUUCUCACUUACAAGAUAUACAGUAGUUUGGGGUUUCCCCUGUGAAAAGCAAGUUACGUUUUUCUCUCUGCACAUAUGUCCACUUUGUUUUAGCCCAAAAACAUAUCAGUCGGAAUACUUGAAUCAUGCAGGCCAAUUCUAUAAUGUGAAUGGAUAGACAUUUGCUUCCAGGUAGUGCUUUUUCAGACCGGAAACAGCUUCAGUCGAGCUCAAUAUUAUAUAUAUUUUUUGUUUCAUUCAUUGUGUUUAUUUGAAUUCCAAUACCUUUUUAUUUUUAAUGUUUUCUUUUUCUUUUCGAAUUUGCUGACAAUUUUGGAGUUUGAGCUUUUUUAACUUUGCACUGAAUGUUUUUUUUUUUCCUUAGUGUGUGUGUGUGUCUCUAUCUAUAUAUAUCUAUAUAUAGAGAUAUAUAGAUAUAUAUAGAUAUAUAUCUGCAAUACAGAGGGAGCAGCCAGUUUUUCCAGUGUAGCUGUUUACUCAUUGAGGUCUUUACCGUAUGUGUGGAAGUACAGUGUGUAUGUGUGCGCGCGUACGUAUGUGUGCGCUCCUCUCUGCCUUGGCACGCCUACCUUAAGGUGUUGUGGAGUUCAAGAUCAACAGAUAGGUAAAAGAAGAAUAAAAGCUGACUUAGGAGGAUGAUCUGACGAUGGUAAAAGUGACUUUUUUUUUUUUAAAGUAUUGCACCAAUUUUGUUUUUAAACUAAAGAACGUUGAGCUCUGCAGUGCAAAAGACUGUAGCUGCAGCUGAGACUAGCAAGUCCCGCCCAUCCUUGUACAAGGGGCGGGGUCUAUCUAGCAAGCCCCCUCCCUCACCUUCGCCACACGUGGCCGUGGGAGGGGAUCAGCACUUUCAGACUAGGCUUUCAAUGUUUUGGAGGUGCCACACUGCAACCUCUUGUUUACAAGACUUAGGAGGCGAAACGUGUGUUCAUUCUUCAUUUUAAAGAGAAGAUAGUAUAAAAGAAAAAAGAAAUGAAAAAAAAAAACAAAAAAAAAAAAACAAACAAAAAAAAAUCACAAAAUAAAGAAAAUGGGGGAAAAGGUUAACUCUUAUUGAGGAUGAAGAUGAUGCUUUGUAACUCUGGGAAUUCAGAUCAGUGUUUUUGGCCAUGGCGUUGGUUAUUUGAAAUAUUCCUUUUUGUCUGCUAAAUAACCAGCAGUGGUUCUCAGGAAAUCAAGCCAGUUCCCCCCAUUGUAGUCACAUGAAAAAAAAAUAAAAAAUAAAAAAAAAUUACUACUCCUGGUAAGGAAAAGAAAAUUCAACUUCAGCACUGAAAUCUAUGUAUAGGUCUGUAAGUUUUUAUUUUAUUUUGUUUUUUCUCUGCCAAAUAACUGCUUUAAGCUGGAGAAGCUCAACACACUGCUUUGAAUAUGCUGUCUUUUAGGAGGGGAGGGGGGAUUUCCUGUGUGUGUGUGUGUGGGGGGGGGGGGGGGGGGGUGCUUGAGGAUGGCAGCUCCUCUUCCCCUCUUGGCUGAUUGUGAAGUGUCUAAACCAAGAGAAAGGCGACUCUGUAUCUAUGCAUACUGAAGCCUCUCGUGGCCUGCAGAGGCUGUUUCUCCACUGUGUCGUGUUUUCAAUGUUUCAGCUAAAAUGUGAAACAUUAUUUUUUUAAAAUACUCAUUGCCACAAAUGGUGUUAAAAAAAAAUCUUGUUUUUGGGGGGGGUGGGGGGAGUGUUUGUUAACAGUGCAAAAGUCGUCCACAUUUCAUUGCCUUGAUUCUGUGUCCGCAAAUGCAACAAGUCAAGUGGCUUCUACCUGUUUACAAAUAGAAUAUGAUUGUAUUGUUGUACUGUUGUUGUUUUUCCUUUGGGUGAGGGAGGGGGUGCACAUCUGAUGUUCCUGACCUGAUGAAGUGUUUGUGUUGUGUGGCCUUGGUGUAGCUCAAACAACAGUGAACAUGGCGUGACCUCACAGGCAGCGUGACCAAACACCGUCACGCUGCUUCGCUGAGUUUAAGAGCAAAGUUCGUGCACAGCGCUGUGCCAGCGUGGCAGAGCGUUCACUGUUGCUCCUUGUUCAUCUCUCUGUGUCCCUCCCUCCCUCCCUCCCCCCGUGAUCAAUGAUCAUUGUAGCGUCAGACUCUUCAGGCCGCUCUCAUUACAGCAAUGAAACAUGAGCGAGUAACCGAAUGAUCAAGUGACCUUUUGAUAUUUGCGCUUGGUAUGUUUUGCUGCCUCCCAGUGCACGUCGAAGUCAAUAUCUCAGAGCCCGUAUUUCCGAUCUAAAUGCAUUCCAGUGCAUCCACUCAGGAAAAUGUGGAUGGUUGCAAAGUUUGUAUCCUUUCCACAAUAUUUUUUGUCCAUUUUGGGAAAAGGAUUGCCACAAGUUUGCCACCCAUCGCCAUACUGACAGCAACACUACAAUCCACAACUCAAGUCAGCACCUGCUAGAUCGAUUUAUUGCAUAAACCUGCUGUCACACACUAUAUAAAAGUAGAAAUUAAUAAAGGUAAUUCUGCUCCCUUUGUAAUUUGCCGCUUGAUCUGCAGACACAGUCUUCACGUAUCCUGAGUUUCCAACUUAGAAUUUCCUGCUUGAAUGGCCGUUCCGUUGCACUUUUCCGUGUCGGAUCUUGUUUUUUUUUUGUGUGUGUGUGUUUUUGUUGUUUUUAAGUUUGGACUCCAGUGGAUUGCAGCAUUUCUUCAAAGGCAUCUCUAGGCUUGCAGCCCCCCCCCCCCUUCACAAUUAUGAUAAAACUAAAACUGAUCUAUUCUGGAGCGUAAACAUGCUUUUCCCGAUCGGGUAGUGCAUGUUGCCUCUGUUCAACAUCACAACAGAAGUGGACUUGAGCAUCCACAAGCGGUGUCCACUGUUGUUAACGUUUUGUGUGCAGUGUAGCGGGGUUGCACACAUGCACAAGUACGCUGGUGUCACACUCAUGGAACUGUCCUCACUGUGUUGGUAGUACAUGAACACGUGCGAGACCUCUGAGGAGUGAUGCCUCCCUGUUUGCACAUAAUUGUGAUUUGUAUAAUUUAUUUGGAGCAACUAUCAUAAUGUCGCUCAUACAUUUGUUUACAAAUGAUUUAUUGAUUGAUUAUAAGCCUCACGUAGCCCCUCCAUCCUUAUUGGUUGUGACUAUUUUUCACGACCUUGACCUUUUGACAGAUCUGCUACAAAAAAAUAAACAAUCUGGAGACAUUCACCAGGGAACGCUUGAAAAGUUGCUCACCAUUUUCAGACACUCGCGAGCGAUGACCGUACUGUAUGCUACCACCAGCACGCAGAGUAAACAGGAGGAUCCAGGACAUGUGCACGGGAUUCUGUGGACUCCGCAUUGUGAAAACCUAAUUAAUUUCAAGGUCACUGUUUUGUUAAGUAUCUGUUAUUUCCUCCUCAGGUCUGAUGGAAAAUGGGUCUAAAUUUGCGGAAUGUCUUCAAACAGAACAUCCAUUUAAAAGUUGUUGAAAUGUUUGAACACAAAACUAAUUUGACUUUAGAGACGUGAAGGUGGGUCAGUGAUUUGGGGCUUGUUCCUGCCAUGGUUCUGGAGAUUUCACGAGGUGACAUGGAAUGACUAACCUGCAGACACCACUGAGUGUUUUUUUUUUUUGUUUUGUUUUUUUUAAAUAAUAAUAAUUUGAGCGCCACGUAGCCUGUGAGUUUACGCCAUGUUCAGGUGGAGCGGCGAGCGUACGAGGCCUCCGUGCUGCUCUGUAGUGGCAGAUUGUACUGCUGAAGGGGAGGGGCCGAGUGUCUGAAUGUAACCCGCCAAUGGCGUGCAUGGAGAAAAUGCAUGCGUAAAUACUGUACAUAGCCGUAGACGGCAUCGAUUUAGUGACGAACAGAGAAAGAAUCAGACGUCAGCAUUAGCAAAGCCAUUGGACCUUAACGUGUUUGGAACCUGUGUUUAAGCCUGUUUGUGUGUGUUUUGCUCCUCCGAUAAGUUUGUAUUUCAGAAGUAUCGUAUUGCUGGCUUUAGCUUUAAGUUUAGCCGUGAAUAUAUAACAACCUUUAAAGCGGACGUAGUGAGAAAACCUCGAGUAUUAGCCAGACUUGACAGUGGUGUGCCAGUAUUGAAUCGCUCUUUACCAAAUACUUCAAUCACAAAAAGCUUGGAUUACAUAAUCCCCCCCGCCCCUUUUUUGGGGGAGGGGGUUUGUUUAACAUGUUAAGCGGAACAUCUGAACGGUGUUGAUCGUAGUUGACAUUAACUGAGGAGCCUUGGAUUUUGCACUUGAGUGGGUUAGCGACAGUUGGUAUAGAGCAAAGCUGCAACAACAAUUAACUGUUUAGUCAACGAUUGGAGCUGAAACCUCAGACUGCAUCCAGAUUGUGACUAUUUGCCAUUUCUGUUUUCCCAUUUUUCCUAUCACUGUAAACUGAGUAUCCCGGCCAGAUGCUUUUCUGGUUAACGAGAUACUCCAAAGCAUUUCCUGCUCUUCUCUACCAUUCUCAGACUAAACGGUUAAUCAGUGUCAAGAUUUAGUUGCAGCUCAGGCACAGUGCUGUUUCUCUCAUUUUUAGAAUGUGUGAAGUUGAGUGUUUAGUUACAGGGUAACGUGUGUGUGUGUGUGUGUGUGUGUGUGUGUGUGUGUGUGUGUGUGUGUGCGCACACACCGUGUCUGCGUCAAAACAGUAUUUGAUGCUGGAAUGGAUUUUCUUUGAGUGGCUCGUUUGAAGGUGUGUAAUUGGUGUCAAACUCAUGCAACGUAUCUGUGCAGUGGAGUGUACAAACAGAGGGGGGCAGUAUAGAGAAAAUUGACGUUCAUUUUUUUUAGUCAUUUGUUAAAAAAAGAUUUUAGUUUUCUUUAGUUACACAUUGUUGCUCAGUGAAAAUAAUGCCUUAAAGCAUUGAGAAAUUAUAAAAUUAUCUAGUCGUGAAUUUUUUUGUUUUUUAAAACGUUCCCUCAGAUUUUAUCCUUUUAUUCAGUUUAAUUCAUAAACACCAGAAUAUAUUUUUAAACUUGCCACCAGCACAUAAGAAAAGAUAUUUGCAGUGCAUUAUGACUGUUAAAGGAUAACUUGGUUAACUUAUUUCAAACUGAGUUGCUUUAAAACCAAUUUCAAGAUGGCAAAAAAAUGUCUAAAUUGAUUUAAAUCCAGUUGAAAGCAGCUAAAUUAGUGAUGUGCAAAAAUGGAAAAUCAGAAUAUUAAUUUAGCCAGAAGUCCCUUUAUUUAAAUAAAUUGUUUUGAGCUUCUUUAAACUAUUUCAAAUUGUAUAUCUGGUUUAAAUCAUUUAGAAGCAUUUUAAAGACUUUAGCAACCACUUCUUGGUGGAGAACCAUUUAAGAUGUCAGCUUAUUUGUGCCAAAAAAUGGAAGCAGGAAAUCCUUGCACUUAUUUAAAUAAAUACAGGUGACAGAGUGGCAUUUUCUGAAUUUUUACAGAAACUCUUUUUUUUAAAGAUUCAUUAAUAGAAAAAGUUAAAGGCAUGCAGCUCAUUAUAAGCAAUUGUAUUCAGACAUUUGAGCAACAGAAGCUUUGGGCAACAAUAAUGUAGCUGAAGUCGACAUAUUAACAAUUAUCAGCGUUCCCUGAUAAGCCUGGAAGCUGCGCACCCCCCCGUUAAUACCAAUAUUUGUUGCAAAUUCCCUGAAAUUAAUUUUUUUUUUUCCUCAAGUGCGCACCAGAAUGUAACAGUUAGCCUGAUUACAAUGAGAAAAUUGCAGCUCCUGUGGAGGGAAGUAAAAAAAAUAAAAUAAACGUACACACAAACAUCUCAUCGUGAACAUUACUAGCUUUUAACGUGUUAUUGUGUACCGUUCCUGCCUACUUGUGGCUCUGCACAAUAUUUUUGCUGGAAUGACAAAAAUAAAAACGCAACAAAACUUCCUGUAGUGAAUUCACUGGUUUAUUAGUUUUAAUGUUUUCAGUCUGUAGUUAAUCACCGUACAUGCGUGUGUUACAUCACAACUUCAAGGUUACUUUUGUUUUGUUUUGGUGCAAUCGUAUAUUUUGAACAAGCUAGCUAGUUGACCAAACCUGUCUGAGCUGUUGUCUGGACUAGCCUAGGCUGCAAAACUAGCUCAGUUAAUUGUUGCGUGUUGGGUGUACAAAUGAAUGUAAACUGUACUGAAUUGUUUGGAGUUUAUAAACUUGAUGUAACACAACCCGCGGGUGAUUAUAGCCUCCCUUUUAAAUGCCUUCUGUCUGGAGCUUGUUUGAAGUUUUUAGAAAAGUUGUCGUUUGACAUGGCUGCUUAUUAGAGGUGGGUGUGGCCUCACUGAUUCAUAGGGGAGGCGGUGACUCAUGACUAGCUGGUUUGUUUCUGGCUUUUUGGGUACUUGGGGUUCUGUCUGCCCCCUGCUGGCUGAUCCAUGAUCAGCAGUGGAUGAAACCACCUCAUUAAUGCUGGCGGUGUCAGCGCAAGCGCCUUGACGGCAGUUGGCGUGUGCGCACGUUUGUGUGUGUGUGUUUUAAAACUUAUCAUGCCAAAUUGAGAAGGAAAGCUGGAAGGGAUCGAUUUGUGUUUUGUCUGAAUUCACAAAGCUGGACAACAUUAAAUGCUUGAAGGGGAGAAAAAAUGUCAAAAGGAUGACUUGAGGAAAAUUUUUCACCACAAGCAAUGUACAAUCCCAGGACAGCCAGGCAGCUUCCACACAGGCCCAAGGAAAGGACACAAGGAUGGUAGAAAAGGAAGGAAGCUGGCUGGUGAUGCGCUACUACUUAAUGUUUAAGGGAAAAAAAAUGUGAUUUUUGUUUUUCUCCUGUGAGCAAAUUUUAGAUUGUAACAAACCCAACGGCUUGUACUGUCGAUCAAAAAUGCUGAGGUUGUUUGUGACUUUACACUUAACAAAACAAAAAAAAAUUAUAAAAAAAAUUUGUCAUUUCACAUGUAAUAUGAAAACACAAACCCAGAAAAGCUUUAGUCUAACCAGCACAAAGAUGUGGGCAGGGUUUCAGGGUUAGUCGCUCAGACUAUGCAGCGAGUGUUGAACCCAGGUUUCCAUGCCCACCUUGGGUUAUUUUGCUUUCUUUAAUAUUUAACAAAAAAAUAAAAGGGGGGGGGGGGGGUGAGCUGAGCUGGGAUUUGCUGCUGCGACGGGGGUUUGGUGCCACUGUUGGAUUUACUGAGAUCUGACUUUAAAGUCUUACUGUUGUAAUAUUUCAAGAAUUUGUGCUUUUAAAAACUGGUACUGUUUUGAGAAUAGAAGAGUUGUAAUGCAGAAAGUCACUUUUAAACUAUUAACCGUCUCUAAGAACAUUGACGUCAAUUUUAGGCAAAA